AUGACCUAUCCCCUCCUCAUCAUUAUGAUCUUCUUCCUACCCACCACCAUAGCAAGAUCAUCUGGAAAUGAAACCGAUCAAUUUGCUUUACUCAAAUUCAAAGAAUCCAUAAUCACUGACCCACUAGGGUUGUUGAACACAUGGAAUAACUCCCUUCACUUUUGUAACUGGCAUGGGAUUUCCUGCAGCUCAAGGCAUCAGAGAGUAGUGGCCUUGAACCUUUCUAAUUCUCAUUUGAAUGGAACCAUAUCACCUUACAUCGGCAAUCUCUCUUUUCUAAGGUCCAUCAACCUUGAAAACAACAACUUCUCUGGUGAGAUUCCGCAACAAGUUGAUCGUUUGUUUCGCCUGCGACAUCUCACUCUACUUUUCAACAUGUUGGAGGGGCAAAUUCCAGUCAACUUGACAUCCUGCCCGGAACUGAGUCGCAUAGAUUUAUGGUCAAACCAUCUUACAGGCACAAUUCCAUCAGACCUCGGCUCAUUGGUGAAGCUUGUGUACUUAAAUCUUGAGCAAAACAAAUUGACGGGAGGCAUCCCACCUUCCUUAGGAAAUCUUUCAUCAAUCAGUUUCCUUAGUCUGACAUAUAACAAUUUGGUGGGCAACAUUCCAGAGGAGAUAGGCCGACUGAGAAGCUUAUUGUUUUUCAGCAUUGGUGUCAAUAAACUCUCUGGUAUGAUACCUCCUUCCCUUUUUAACAUAUCUAUGGAGUCCUUCACACUUACAGGUAACAAGUUCAAGGGGAGUAUUCCACCCUCCAUAGGCUUCAACAUGCCUAAUCUCCAACAACUGUACUUUGGCGGAAAUGAACUUUCCGGGCAAAUCCCAUCUUCACUUUCCAAUGCUUCUCAGAUUUAUGAACUUGAUGUUUCAGAGAAUAAUUUGGUAGGGCAAGUUCCUAAAAGUUUUGGAGAUCUUUCAGAUCUCUCGUCACUCGAUUUAAGUGACAACUUUCUAGGAAGUUUUUCUGCUAAUGACUUGGAUUUCGUAACAUCCUUGGCCAACUGCAGCCAACUGGAAAUGCUUGAUAUGAGUGCCAACAAUUUUGGAGGUGUUUUAUCCAACUCUGUGGCCAACUUGUCAACUCAACUGACCGAAGUCUUCUUUCAGGGAAAUCAAAUAUCAGGAGUGAUCCCUGAAACAUUAGAAAAUCUCAACAAUUUAAUAGCCUUGGGCCUGGAGGAUAACCUGUUCAGAGGCACCAUUCCUACCUCUAUCUCCAAGUUACAAAAGCUGCAAGACCUGGAUUUAAACGGUAAUAGAUUAUCAGGAGAAGUCCCAUCUUCCAUAGGAAACCUCACUCAAUUGUAUCAACUCGACUUGUCGGCAAAUGGCUUGGAAGGAAACAUUCCUCCUAGAAUUGGGAACAUCCAACAUUUGCAGAAGUUGGAUAUAUCACAUAAUAGGCUAAGCGGAGAUAUACCACCGCAAGUGAUUGGUCUUUUCUCCCUUGUCUCUCUCAACUUGUCACACAACUCACUAACUGGCAGCCUGCCUAUGGAAGUGGGUAAGCUGAAGAACAUAUAUGCCCUUGACAUCUCUGGAAAUAAUUUGACCGGAGGAAUUCCGGAAAUCAUUGGUAAAUGUAUGAGCCUUGAACUUCUUUACCUACAAGGGAAUCUCUUUCAAGGUAUGAUACCUUCUUCUUUGGCUUCUUUGAAAGGUCUUCAGUAUUUGGAUUUUUCACAAAACAACUUGUCAGGUCAAAUUCCAAAAGAUAUACAAAGACUUGCCUUCUUGCUAUAUUUGAACCUGUCUUUCAAUAAUCUGGAAGGUGAGGUACCAAGAGAAGGAAUCUUUCGAAACAGAAGCGCAAUAUCCUUGUUUGGUAAUACCAAACUUUGUGGUGGUGGUGUUUCGGAACUUCAGCUACCAGCAUGCAUCAUCAAAAAGCAGAGAAAACUCAAACUGCAGUUCACAAUUUUAUUGGUCAUUGGAUGCUCUCUUGUGUUUGUAGCCUUGUUCAUUCUGUAUUGGAGGAGAAAAAUGAGAAAUAAAUCAUUAGCUGGAGACUCAUCAACCAACUUCCUCUCAAAGAUUACCUACCAGACACUUCAUCAAGCUACUGGUGGAUUCUCCCCAAGCACUCUGAUUGGAUCAGGCGGUUUUGGCUCUGUAUACAAAGGGAUUCUUGAUCACGAAGAACAGAAAGUAGUUGCCAUAAAGGUCAUCAACCUUCAACAGAGAGGAGCUUCCAAGAGCUUCACUGCAGAAUGCAAUACACUAAGAAAUAUCCGGCACCGGAAUCUUGUCAAGAUCUUAACAUGCUGCUCUAGCAUGGAUUACAAUGCUACUGAAUUCAAAGCUCUAGUUUUUGAAUAUAUGUCAAACGGAAGUUUGGAGGAGUGGCUGCACAGAGAAAACCAAUCAAUGAGUUUGACCCUUCUUCAAAGAUUGAAUAUUGUUGUUGAUGUCGCUUCUGCAUUAUGUUAUCUUCAUGACCAUUGUGAACCUCCAAUCAUUCACUGCGACAUAAAGCCAAGCAAUGUUCUUCUUAACGAUGACAUGGUUGCUCGUGUAGGUGAUUUUGGCUUAGCCAGACUCAUCUCAACCACCACAGAGUCCUCGCAAACUCAAAGUAGCACAAUUGGAAUAAAGGGGACAAUCGGUUAUGCUGCUCCAGAGUACGCAAGUGGUGUUGAGGCAUCAAGACAAGGAGAUGCAUAUAGUUAUGGGAUCCUUGUAUUGGAAAUGUUCACAGGAAGAAGACCCACCGAUGAAAUGUUCAAAGACGGUCUGAAACUCCACGACUUUGUUAAGAUGGCAUUACCAGGAAGGCUUGCGCAGAUUGUGGCCCCUGCGCUUCUCGCCACCCUUGAAGAAACAGCUCCUGCAGCAACCAGAAAUGAAGUAAACUACAUGCUUAGAGAUCAUAACAGUGAAACUGAAGCCGAUGAGGAAAAUAUCAACUAUGAGAACCUAAGCAAGGUGAACACACAUGUGUGGAAGUGUAUACAUUCAAUCCUUCAGAUCGGACUGGCAUGCUCGCAGGAAUCACCAAAGAAUAGAAUGUCAAUAAAGGAUGUCGUCAGGGACUUACACCGUAUACAAAUGGCUUACACUGGUGUUGUGAUCCAUCGAGAGAGACCAAGAAGAUAAACAACAGGUGCUUUAAAUUUACUUCUUAUAAGUUAUGAUGGUGCAUUUAACUGAUAUGUUUUUUCUUCCAAAUUUUAGUGUGUCAUUGCCUAAUCCUUAUGUUCAUUCUAUAAAUUUUAGUGUGGCAUGGGAAGCGAUACGAGAGUUGUGUAACUG